UCAGUGUGAUAUUUACCUUUGUAACGACAUUUCCCUCAUCUUAACGCUUUUCACAGUAACCAUUGGGUUUUUGAGAAGCAUCAAAUAAGACGCUGUAUUUUUUUCUUCCGGCGGAGACAAAUGCAAGGAUGAUUCUGUCGCCUGUGGCAUCGGGAAACGCAGGAUUAAGAUGUUUCCUUAAUUUCAUGUGUCGUGGGGAGGUUUUAAGUGCGAUGUGCGAGGGCCUUUAACAUCUGAAGAACCAUGGUCAAAAUUAUUUCCGAAAACCGCGUACAAAUCCUAAUAUAGCAUAUUGAUGACGUAGGAUAGAUAAAUACAUUUUUCUGGGUUUAGAAAAUAUUCUGGGUUUAGUGAAUAGCUAGUCAUCAGUGAUGUGUCUGUACUGACUACGCGCACUGAUACAUAAUAGUAAACCUGGAUAUUUUAGAUCAGGAACAGAUUUAUAGACUAAAACAAAACCGUACCGUUUAAACUGACACCCAGAUGUGAAAAAAAUCGGUUUUCUGGCUUCCCUGAUCUGAGGGAUUUGUAGGCUAUUGGAACUGUCAUCGGAGGGUCCAUCAUGCCCACCUCUCGAUCAGACGCGCGCCCUGUGGAAUAUUGGGUCGAUGGCUCGCGUCGAGAUGCGACAGUGGAGGAUUUCUAUAACAUGGGCCCAGAAUUAGGCAGGGGUGCCACAUCUGUUGUGCUUCGUUGUGAAGAGAAGCAGACUGAGAAACCUUACGCUGUGAAGGUCUUGAAGAAGACUAUUGACAAGAAAAUUGUAAGGACAGAGAUUGGAGUUCUGCUGCGUCUGUCUCAUCCAAAUAUUAUUCGUUUGAAGGAAAUUUUUGAGACAGAAACAGAGAUUUUUCUCAUACUAGAACUGGUAACAGGUGGAGAGCUUUUUGACAGAAUUGUGGAGAGGGGCUACUAUAGCGAAAGAGAUGCGGCUCAUGUUAUCAAACAAAUCCUGGAGGCUGUGGCGUACUUGCAUGAGAAUGGAGUUGUUCACAGAGACCUCAAACCAGAAAAUCUUCUCUAUGCUGAUUUGUCAAUAGAUGCACCACUUAAGAUAGCUGACUUUGGCCUUUCCAAAAUAAUUGAUGAGCAAGUGACAAUGAAGACUGUAUGUGGAACUCCUGGCUACUGUGCUCCUGAAAUUCUCAGAGGAAAUGCUUAUGGUCCUGAGGUUGACAUGUGGUCUGUGGGAGUCAUCCUUUAUAUUUUGCUGUGUGGGUUUGAACCGUUUUUUGAUCAACGGGGGGACCAAUAUAUGUACAGCCGCAUUCUUAACUGUGAUUAUGAGUUUGUCUCCCCCUGGUGGGAUGAAGUCUCUCUCAAUGCAAAGGACCUGGUUAAUAAGCUCAUAGUCUUAGAUCCUCAUAAACGUCUCACAGUGAAGCAAGCUCUUGAGCACCCAUGGGUUCUUGGAAAAGCAGCACGAUUCUCCCACAUGGACACAACACAAAGGAAACUACAGGAAUUUAAUGCUAGGCGCAAAUUAAAGGCUGCUAUGAAAGCUGUGGUUGCCACAAGCCGCAUGCACGAGGGUUCACGACGACGGACUGAUAGCUGCGAGAUGCCUAACACAGAUAAGACCUCAUGCCAGAGCAGCAUACAGAAAGAAAACACCACAAAUUCUCAAAGAGAGCCCAUUUCCAUCAAAGAGGGAUCUGGGCAAGUUGCAGAUGGGGCCCUGGGGCCCUCGAGUCCUACCCCUCAAUCAACUCCUAAAUCUAAACCAUUUACCCAGUCUGGGCCAAUGCCUACCCGUCCACCCCUGAUAGCAGAAGGACACAGGCAGACCUCUGCCAUACCGAAAGCUCCGGUGGUACGGCCGAGGGAACCCAAAAAGAGCUUCUCAGUUGAUCCCGGAGGCAAACAUGAGGUUUCAUGAGUUCAUGAAGUUUCAACACCACACCACUCUGUCCUAAUAUCUUCAGUAAUGUUUUCUCCAUGAGUGUGAAGGUAGGUAGCAAUACAGCAGAAUGAUCUAAGGAAAAUGAAAGACAAUUUAUUCUGCUUCUUCCAUUUUUGCCAUGUGAUAUUUUGAUACUGGAUUGGUGUAAUAUGUUUUUUUUAAGCUUGUGAAGGGAUUUAGCUUUAAUUACAACUUUAGGUUAGCAGCAACAUACAUAAUUGUUAUUUUCUUAGCACAAGUAUUGUUGGGAUCAUGUAUCGGUAAUCUUGUGGUAGUAUAUUUGUUUAGGAAUUAUUACUCAAAUACCCUAUAAUUUCUACUUCAGGGUGUAUUCACACUAUAGGCACAGUUGCCUUGAACCGAUUGCCACCCCCCUUCCCUCUUCUCUAACGGCCCACAUUCACACUGCAUUUUUGUACUGCUAUUGCUUAACUUAUAAUGUAUUAUUUUGAGUGAUUUGGAAUGUAGUGACAGCCAAAUCUUUUGCUGAACAGAUCCAGGGCUUUUGACACUCCUACAUUUUCAUAAAAGUCAUUUUGCUGCAUGUAUUAGGAGGUUUGCUGAAGGUGACUGAUGGAAAAACACAAGGGGUAUGCAUCUUUGGUAAAUUAUGACAGUUUCCAUUCAUUAAAAAGUAAGAAUGAGUAAUAAAUCCAUACGAAACAGUUGCUUAAAAGUGAUGUCAAAUUUUCAGUUUUGCGCUCGGGUGCUCUUUGCACUUACACUACAAGCGCACUGUGACCCAGUCCAACCAAACCACUCUCUGGGCCACCUCUUCCAACCGGGCCAAGGACAGCCAACCGAUCCAUGCCCAGGCAUGACACAGAGCACUAAGGGCAUACUUACACUAUGUACAGUUACCUUGAUCCGUGCCGAAGCAUGAUUGUCCCCCCUCACAUCUCUCUCGACAGCCUGCACUCACAUUGCAUCUGAGCCAGAGUACGCUUGCGUCAUCGAUGAUGCACUGUUCAGUUUAACAUAAGAGAAGCGUUCUCUCUCAGCACAGUGGAGAUUUCUUUUGUUAUACCAUUUUAGUAAUUUGAUAUGCAAUGACACACAGUCAAAUAUUUCGCCAAACAGAUCAGCCACUUUUGACGUUUAUAAAUUGUCAUAAAAGUCUGCACGUAUUAGGAGAUCUGCUGAAGGUGCAGCUGACGUGCAGUGAGGGGUUUGCGACUUUGCGUCUUUAAUAAGCUACAGCAGUUCACGUUCAUUGAACAGUAAAAAUGAUUAAUUAAUCCAUGUCUUGUCUUCAGUUUCAGCUCAGGCGCGUUUUGCACUCACACUACAAGCUUACCACGCCAAAGCCCAAGUGAACCGCGCUAUGGCACACUUCUUCCUACCGGGCCAGGGCCGGCCAACUGAACCGCGCCUGGGCCCGAUUUAGAGCACUAACACUUCUCAAACGAACCGGGAAAUGCACCUGGGCACGGUUCGGAUAGCAUAGUCUGAGUGUGCCCUAACUAGAGAUGCGCGGUUGGCGGUUACAGCCGCGGACUCCGCGGAUAAACCGCGCAUCGGGCGGAUGACGUGACAAAAAAUAAUAUUUUUAUUAAAUUCGGGCGGGUGGCAGGCGGUUGUACCAAUCAAAUAAAAAAAUAUGUAUAAAUUGUUAAAUAUGAUCUGACUAUACCUACAUCCAAAAAACCGAGCACACUUUGAACUAGUCAAAUUUUCAUCAGGUAGAAAUAUGUCUAGUCGAGUCUAUGAGCAAUAAGUGCUGUGAGCUAGUGCUCCUUAAGUGCAGCAGGGCGCGUUAUAGAGGCCAGGCGCUCUCGUCUGAAUCCUGGCACUGUAGAUGCUAUUUUAUUCCUGCAUAGUGCCAAGAAAAUUCAAACUAGACCUAAGGUCAGGCAUAUUAAACCAAUUAGCCUAUGUUAUCUAGACUACACAUAGCCCAUGUUCAAUAUAAACUUUUGAGUUCGGUCGCUGAUAAUUUUACAUUCAUAUUGGUUUAGCCUGUUCUAUUCUAGACAUGUUGUGUAUUAGUUAUUUGGCCUCGCUUUUACGUUCUGAGGCUUAAGGUUAUUUUGCCAGAAUUUCUUUGUCGCAAGCGUAGUAUUUCAUUAUGCUUCAAGUUUGUGGGGAUGAUCCUAAAUCCAUGGGUUAUUGGGGCAUAUAUAGACUUGUCAUACAGGCAAUUUAGCUUGGUCAGACUUCAUGUUUGCUCAAAGAGGGAUGGCAUUUUUUUUUUUUUUGCUAAUUUAAUUUCUAAUUGUGGGGGUGACUGAGCCUAUAAGGCUUAGCUACGAUAUGACGUAUUUAUUUUUAUUUUUCAACUGUUUGCCAAAGCAUGCGACUAUAGCCUAUGCCUACAUUAAGAUAUUUAUUUUAAUUAUUUUUAAUGCCUGUUGUUUCUUUUGGCAUAUAAAAUAGGCAUUGUCUGAUAGAGAUAUCAAUAGAGGUUCAUCUGUGUCGCAGAAUUGGUGUUGUUUCCGAUUUCUACAAGCUCAAUAACAUCCACAGCAAAAAAUAAAUAAAAAAUAAAUAAAUAAAAAAAUAGUCGAAAAACUGUGCCCAUUAAUUAGAUGUGCAAGGCAAGCAGAUAAGUUUUUGGGGUUGCUAUGGACAACUACAAAUGUGAACAUUAUUAGGCUAUAAUGUAAAUGACUUAUUAUUCUAUCUAUUUGCUAAAAAAUAAAGUGAAAUAGGCAUUUAGUAGUAGGCUAAAUAGCAGCAUGUUGAAAUGUGUCAAAAUGCGUUUUCUAUUAAGCUACAAUAAAAAAAAAGUACAGUACAGUGCGUUUAAUUUAGACAAUUUAUUUAUUUUUGUCCCUGUGCGCCGAUUGGAGACGGAGUUCACUGCUGAUAUUCGUGUUGGAUAUUCUGAGAGCUUUAUUGACCUUAUUCUUCAGUGCGGAAGUGCGUGCGUUUUUGUGAUUGUUUUAGAACUUCCGAUUUAUUUGCUUAUGGGACAAAUGACUAGGAAUAAUAAACGGCAAAAAACGGUCAAACUACUUACUCUACAAACAAGUGUUUGCAUUACUAUACAGACAAAGUAGAAUAAUAUAAUAAGAAAAUAUCAGUUUGCAACAUUGAGCAGCAAAACGAGCUGUUUUUAACGUUCAAAAUGAAUGGAAGUGAAUGAGACCGGAAGUUUCGAGCCAAAAUGAUUCAAAUGGCUGCGCCCACUGGUACGCGGAGAAUAAGGUGAAUAGGGUGCUUCUCAUUUCUUAUUUGUGCAUCCUCGUUUCCUUUCCUUGCUUUCUUUCCUCGUGUCUUAGCUCCACCCCUCCGGGAUGCGAGGGAAGGACGCAAGGAAAAGACUCGAGGACCGAGGAAUCGAAUUAAGUGAAAAGACACGUCCUCGUAUCGUUUAGCGUCACUUCAAAGCAUCGUCAAUUAAUGCUGGAUUUGGCUUGCACGUUUGGAUUAACUACAUGUCUACGUUAAAGUCAUUCUCUAUUCUCUAAUAAUCAAUAAAGAAACAUUCAUUUAAUAAUAAAAAGGAAUAAGCCAUUCAAAUAAAGAGCCCAAUCAGCAGAUGGCGGGCCGGUGUGGUUUUAAAAAUUGGUCAAAAAUAUUGGUGCGGAUGGAUGGCGGACGGAUGAUGAGUUUUGUGAUGCGGUUGCGGAUGAAAUAAAAGCCCAUCCGCGCAUCUCUAGCCCUAACACUUGUCAAACAAACUGGGAUAUGGGGAUCAAAAAUGCCUGGAAAAAGUUUGGAUAGCCUACUCUUAGAUAACAGAAGGAUAUGAAGUAACGUCACAAUCAAGUUUUAUGUUUUCCCUGGCUUAUUGUAGGCAGUUCAUCAUCUAUCAAAUCAAACUAAUCUAAUUAAUGGUUACCACGCUGAUGUCACAUUUAGUCACCUCCUUUUCUGUAAUCAUCAUAAUCCACUCCAACUUCUGGGGAAGUUUUACAGACUGCCACAUCUAAACUAACCAUAUACUUUAAGAAAUAACUGUUUGAGGUGGAUUUUACACAACUAGCAUCCUUCAGCCACACUGUCUACCUCCUCUACUGUACAGGGGCUUCCAACUUCUCAAACAGAAUAUUCUGUAAAAAUCUUGUAUGGAAGGAAGAAUGGAACCAUAUUUUUAAGUUUCGUUGUUAAGGGCUGUUUUUGUGAACCAUAUGUAGGCUAAAUUUUACUGUUUCUAUUAACAUGUAACAAUCUUACAAAAUGUCACAGUAUCAUGCUGUUGCUUCUGUUUUUACUUUAUUUUGAUCUUUGCAAAUAAUGCUUUUAAAAGCAUGCUGACAUAAACAGUAGCCUGUUUAGACGUCACUGAAAUGUGAUAAUUCUGUAUGAAUAGCCUAAUAGCCUACUAAUACUUGGCAAUUAAGUGUAUUCACUUAAUUCUUUGUUCAAUUGCAAGCCCAUGUGGAUACUGUUUAGGUUUAAGCAGUACUGUCCAUGUUUGCAAGAUUAAUAAAGUCUGCUUUUAGAUGCUG